GACGACUCAGACCUUCUUCCUUCUACUGUAUGCUCGGUUCUCUAACUGCAGCUUCUGCAUGCUAGAGGAAGGGGAGAUUGAUACACUCCCAGACUCGCGGUCCAACUCCGACAUCCUUAGUCCCGUGGACCUGCGCAAUGAAUCGUCCCUAGACAUCACAGGGGCUACCUACUCCCCUUCUAUCGAGUGGCCGGGGGACACAGAUCCCACCCCAGUAACCCCACCUUUUGCUGACGUCUAUGCGUACGAGCCUGCUGGGGACCCCCGUGCAUCUUCGACGUCUCUGCGUCUCGUCGUUCAGCACAGUGCUAUUCUCCGUAAAAAUCAAAGGCUCGCUCUCCUUGACGGUUUCACGGAGAUCCAAAUCGGUCGAGACAUUGCGCCUGCUGGCUCAGACACUCCCAGGAUCCGUCUGAAGGAAAUGGAAGUCUCCAAGGUGCAUGCGACAAUUUAUUGGGACCAGGAUCGUACGCAUUGGUCUGUCGUCGAUAUGGGCUCGAAACAUGGCACCUUCAUUCAGUCUUCAGCCGUACCUCCGCCUGGCGGUCCCGCAGCUCAGGGUUCCGAUGGGAAGGGCUUCCGGUUGUCCGCUCCGAGGGUGGCCAGCAUGCCGCGGGCGCUGCGCCAUUUCGAUCGUCUGACAAUCGGCGGCACGACGUUUAUCAUCCACAUUCAUGAGGACCGAACGCCAUGCACCGCAUGUUCACCCCAGGGCGAUGAGGAAAUCCCUCUCUUUUUGCAUCGCGCCGUGGAUAGCUCCGCCGGGGCUAGCAAGAAACGGGAUUUCGAGGAGUUUGCCGCUAAUAACACGGAGUCGACGUCCGCGCGGGAUCGUGACCCAAAGAAGGCCUUGACCAUGCUCAAGCGCACUUUGCUGUCGUCUUCCAAGAAUUUGGCACCCACACCGUCAGGUUCGCGCGGUCAGUAUGUCGACAGGAGCGCCCGUCGUCGGGCUCUGCAUCCUGACCGUUCCCCGGCGACGACACCGAGCGCUGAUCGUUCGCCACUCCCUUCUCCCUCCGUCUCAGCUCCGGCCACUCCUCCGUCUCCCGCUGCGCCUUUGUCUGCGACGAACAUCGGUCACCGGCUGCUCUUGAAGCAGGGGUGGCAACCCGGAACCGCGCUGGGGGAAGCAUCGAGUGACAAUGCGGGUCUCGUGGUCCCUUUGGACACGCCGACCACGGUGGGCCGAGCAGGACUCGGUGCUUCGGCCCGGCUUGCGAGUGCGUCAUCUGCGCUUCAGGAAGGGGACUGGAAAGAUGCAGGCAAAAGGCGUCGGUGGGCGGAGACGCGAGAGAGUCUUGAUGGCGUCUAGUGACGACGAAUACUCAUGUGGAGUGCCCCCCCACUAUGGUCGUGUGCGAGCUGCUUGUCUCUACCGAGAACGGAACGAUCAGGAACAAGACAACCUGAUAACUCCGCCACCAUCCACUGCCUUCCGGGGGUUUCCUCCCGCGCCGAGCCAAACAUUGCUUCCGUCUCGCUUUGGAGAUUGGCGGCGUCAAGAACUGCUCAAGACUUGGUAUGAGCUGCGCCAGCGGUCUUACCGCCCCAUCAUCCCGCGAACCGCGGUGACCCCGGCAGCCGCGAGCCGAGCGUUGUGUGGGAGCCUCGUUCCAUUCCAAAUGAAUACCCCCGCCAAGGUUGUCCGAGGAAUUGACCAACGCGUCGCCUUAAGUCCGCUUCGUCGCUCGCCGUGUUCGGAGCUACGUUGUGUAACGUAAAUGAGCAAUGGUUCGCGGGUCAUCUCCCUCGGCGGACGUCGUUUCUGGUGGAAGGACUGAGGCGGGGUUGUUUAUUGUGAAGACGUAACUAUAGACGUAUUGGGCAAAUACAAAGGCGUUCUAUUUACGAUAGCGACGUGAUUGGACAUCAAAGAAUGAUGGCGCACGCGUCGAAGGUCGCGAAGGAGGAAUGACAGGCGCCUGGAGUGCUUGGGCGGGCGCUGGAACGCGUUAUUUGGCCUACUUUGGUGGUCACGUGGAGACGCGAGAGCGGGC